GUUCAGUAUGGUACAGUACAGCUACAUCGAUCCUUGGCAACAGGCAUGCAUGCAACGUGCAACAAUGCCAUUCGAACAAAAGGACCAGAUUCCGAGGCCUGAAGCACGAGACGAAUGAUUCAAUGAUUCAAUGGAAUCAGACGAAACAAAUCCAAACGACACAAUCCGCUGGCCAACAGAUCCAUAAUCGAGAACCCUCCCACAAACAAUGGAGGAAGGGGCUGGAGUCGAUGACCAUGACAAUGGUGAUGGCGAGGAAGUCCGCCUUCUUACCAAAGAGGAUUGCCCAAUGCCCAAGAUCUUCGGGAUAAGACGUGGAAUGCUGUGAAACCAAUCAUAGAGCAGGCAAACAAAGACUGGAGUCAGAUUCAGGAGAAGUGCGCCCCGCCACUCUUUGAUCUGGUCGAGAUGGAGAAAAAGAUGUUAGGCCGCCUGCCCAUCGUCACAGAUCCAGCAACAGGAAAGUGGAAGUGGGACACAAUCGACGAUGGGCACUCCGCGCGUCUAAAGAGCGUCAAGGCACAGGACGUUCCCAUGAUGCAAUCAGCAUGUAAAAAGGUCAAGAAGCAGUGCGUGCGUGCCAAUUAUGCGAGCCAUCAAACGAUCCAAAGAAGCGUUGGAAGAUGCCACGAAUGGGAUCGUCCAAGCAGACGUUUGUGUGCGUGAGAUUGAAGCUCUCAAGAUCCAGAUCCAACGGGAGAAAGACAUUGCCGAUUUGGCCAGAUAGAAGCGAGCAUUCCAAAAGUCCUCAGUGAAAAAAAAAAGGAAUCCAUGAGGCAAACUAUUCUCACUCAACUUGGCGAGCAGGCUGGGGACCCGCGGCACCAAAUCCAAAAUUUGGAAAGGGGAAUGGAUACCGCUGAGUCGCUCGUGGAUGCGUUUUGGAAGGAGGUGAAGUAGGGAGAAUUGAAGUACUACGAAGACGUCAAGGCAAACCCAUCUAUGUUUCCUUCCUGGUCGGCUCGUAUCGGUACGCUUGACGAACGAGCCCAGGAAAAACAGCGCAAGAUCACCAGAGCCAACGAGCGUCUGGCAGAUUUGAAGCGGCAGAAAGUGGACAAGGACACUCUGAUCCAACAAACUGAAACCAUUGACCUCUUGGAAGAAGAGAAAGUAAAGACCGAUCUGCUUAUUCGGGAAUAUGAUGAGAUUGAUCAGCUUGUGGCCGCGAAGCUAAAAGAAUACAAAUCAGGGUUACCGGCAAUGGCAGGGGUCAAACGAAAGAAAUAAAUUUUUGAAGUAGUCUACUAGAUGGGGGGCAGCGCAUUGCUUCCGUAAAAU